GAAACGCGUUGAGUUGAAGCGGCCGUGUGACACGCUCACUCGAGUGAGUGCACUACAAGGACCAGCUGCCAUCGUACAAAUGCGACCAAAUCCGUGUUAGCGCCGCGAAGCAACUGUGGCUAUGAGUGGACAGCAGGAAGGAGUUAGCAUGCGUCCUGGGCAGACUUUACCAUGGCUCACUGCGCUGCAUUGCUUUAGUUCAUCAUGAAGAAUGCGAAACGCAUAUAGUCGUGUCAACGUCAUUACUAAAACCUCCGUUUGGGCUUGUUGGUGACAGAACUGCGCUAAAAGGAUGAAACACACAACACCUGGCGCUCGGUGUUGUGUGUGGCUUUUAAGUCAUGCAUCAUCAUUAAUUUAUAUGUUGUUGAUUUUGUUAUUGUUGAGAAUGAAAAGAAAUCUAGUCCUUCAGCUCUCAAAUAUUACUGCACACCGCGGAUAGGAUAGAGCUCAAAUUUCGGUUUCGACCACGAUCUCUGACGGCAAGUCCUUGUACUAUACUCUUCCACUACGAGAAACGGUCAAGUGUUUGUGAUGGGAAUUCCCUUAGCUCCGAGACAAAUAUGUUGAACAAGAUCUUUGGACCCGGCUCUAAAAGGUUCAAAUGGAAAGUUACUGAAUUGGAAAAGGCUCCCUCCAUAUUCAUGUCACUUAGCAGCGCUCGUGUCAUCACAACGUGCUGCGCGUCCAGAUCCUGUUCUAUUUACACCUGUACAGAAUAAAUUACGACAGCAGAAGCAGACGACGAUAUUUCUGAAGCAGACAGCAUCAUGGCGCCCGACUGUACGAGGUAGGAUUAGGAACAAGAGGAAAUGAAAUUGGAAGCAUCCAUCAUGGCUAAAAAGAAGAAACGGAGACGGGAAAACAACGAGCCAGCAAAUGAAGAAGAAGAAGGAGGAGGAGGAAAAGGAAAGGGAUCAUUCAUGAAACAACACAAGAAAACGUGGCAGAACGAGUUCAAGAAACUCAAGGAUCAAGAGGAAAAGCUGAAGAACGACAUCGUUGACAAACUCAGAUACAUAUCGUCAACGGGGCUGUCCAACACCGAUGCAGCAGGACAGUGCCUCGAAGACUGGAUCGACUUCGAACUGGACCGGACUAAAUUCACCGAGAGCGCCACCUCCAGGAUCUCCUGGUUUAAACGAAUUCUACAACGGCGUCUCGGCGGAGGCAGUGACGACGAGGAAGAAGACGACCAGGAGGAGCUCCAGAAGGACUUCCUCGAUGCCGCCAAGGAGUACCGUGAGGUGACCGCAAAACUAGAAGAGGCUCAGAAAGAGGCAGAGGCGGAACUACAAAAAGCUUUCGAUAUUCCUGUCUUGACGAAGGCAAAGUUCGCCUUCGCGCGAGAUGUGGAGGAAGACUUUCUGUCAAAAUUCCACGCUUCAGAGAAGACCAAGAGACAGCUUCUCUCGGAACUCAAGCAGACGGACCACAAGUUUCAGGGAAAGAUUAAAGACAUUGACAAGGCCCAUAAACUCGAGGAGGAACCCGUGGGAUGGAACCCAGAAGAGGAAGCUGUAGUCCAACACGUGCUGGAUCAGUAUCCAUCGCAACUGGGGAACAGGAGAGCGCUCAUCAUGGACUGGCUCAAAAGGAGAUUUCCGGAAAAAUCAAUUCUGGAUAUUUCGACCUACAUGACCUGGUGUCAGAACCAGAAAUUCCACAAGGAGAAAAUCAACUCUUGCAUCCAAGACUGGGAGAGUGCCAGGGGUCAAUGGCUCAACAGAGCGUUAGCUGUCGCCUCCAAAGAAGUCUUGCCCGAACCCAAAAUCACGCAAAAGAAGGUUAGGACCAGACGAGGCAUCUCACUACCCCCACCUAUCAUCAACAAGUCGACAACGAACAACACCCUCAGGAAUUACGUCAAGGUUCCGGAGCCGAAGAAGAGGAUAGUGCUGCCUCGUAUCGGUCGCUCCCCUCAGAAGGAGGUAGAGAUGAGCCGUGGAGCUGUAAACGAACAGGAGUGGCGCUCACUGUCCACUGUUAGGGAACUGGAAGCCCUUAAGCAGAAGGCUAGGGAAGGCGAUGGAGACAAAGAGGAAGUGGUCAGGCUGCAGAGAAGGCUUAGCAUGGAGAGAGUGAAAUUUCGUCAAGAGAUGGCCAUGAAGAAGCAAUGGGACCGUAUGAAAGCCGAGGAGAAACGACAAGACGAAUUGGGGAGGCGGAAGCUCAAACAACAGAUGAAAUACCGCGACGAGCGUAGUCAGAUCCUGCAGGAAGCCAACUGGCAAAAGCGACGACCAUCUCUCGUCACCAGAGGGUGCUCUGUCAUCAGACCCAGUAACAGUAAGGACCCAAAGAAACGGAGAGAGAAGAAAGUCCAGGUGGCGCUGCCUAUGGCGCCGGCCGCCAUUUUUGUGCCACUGCAUCAUCACACAAAGACCACUUUGUACAACACGCUGUCUCCACUGGAAGAAACGCGAACCAUAUUAGUGUCUUGCAGACCUGUCACCAGGGGUGGUUACAGGUAAAAUAAAUUAUGUCCAUCCUUUUUUUUCCUGCGAAAGGAUGGAUUACCAGCUGACAGUGGAAUUUUUUACGCCAAAUAAAAA